ACAGCAGGUAGUUUGGUGCCCAACAUAAGAAGCUGGAGCACCGAGGUUCAGUUAAUCGUUCAUCUCAUGGAGAUAAAUCUGCUCAGAAACAUCAGAUUUUCAUCAGAUCACUUCAGUAAACCUCUGACAAUGAAGCUGCUGUCUGUCCUUUCCCUCCUUCUGGUUCCUCUGCUGACCAGCUGUUCGGAUCUGGUCCUCCCCCUGGACUGCAGCGACAUCCUCGCCAGAGACAGCAGACGGCCCAGCGGGGUUUACGUCAUCUAUCCGAUAGGAGCCACUUCUGCUGUCCAGGUGUUCUGUGACAUGGACUCACUGCAGGGACAGUGGACUGUGUUCCAGAGGAGGAUGGACGGCUCGGUGAACUUCUACAGACCCUGGGAUCAGUACAAGAUGGGCUUCGGGAACGCUGCUGGAGAGUACUGGCUCGGUCUGGAGAACCUGUUCCACCUGACUCAGAGGAAGAACUAUGAGCUGCUGGUGGACAUGGAGGACUUUGAAGGAAACAAGUCGUACGCUCGGUACUCCUCGUUCUCCGUCGGUCCAGAAUCUGACGGCUACAGACUGAAGGUGUCUGGGUUCUCUGACGGAGGAGCAGGAGACUCUCUGACCUCCCACAGCGAGCAGAAGUUCCUCACGUUCGACAUUCCUGAGGGGAACUGUGCCAGAUCGUAUCUGGGGGCAUUCUGGUACAAAGCCUGUCACUAUGCAAACCCUAACGGAGCUUAUCUCUGGGGGCGUCACACUAGCUUCCGUGCUGUYGGGGUGGAGUGGUUUCACUGGAAAGGUUAUGAAUAUUCCCUGAAAGCCAUCAGCAUGAAGAUCCGUCCUGUUCAGUAACAUCUGGACAAACAGGAUCGUUUAUUCUGUAAAAUAGAAAUUAGAUUAGAUUAGAGAGACCUUUAUUGUYGUYGUACAGAGCACAACRAAAUUACAGUUCAGAACACCCAUUCAGAAGAAGACAGAACAAACAUGGGAGAACAGGUGCCCUGGGUCAUGCA